GCUUUGUCGGUUGACUUAUGUUGUUGCACAUGAUUGCGGAAGUGGUCCUGGAACUUUUUACUUUUAUUUUGAGGUAGCAGUUUACUGUUAUAUGUAGGCGCUUGACAUUGAAUAAUAGCUGUAUCAUAUGAGGUGCUUCAAAUGAAGCUUAAAGAGUUAGAAAGCUGCCUGCAGCAGGUGGACACGUUUGAAGAGCCUAAAAUUCUCCUGGAGCAGUAUCCAACCAGUCCUCAUAUCGCAGCAUGCAUGCUUUACACAAUCCAUAACACCUUCGGCGACAUCGACGGUAAACUGGUGGCAGAUCUGGGAUGCGGCUGCGGAGUCCUCAGCCUCGGUGCUGCGAUGCUGGACGCGGGUUUGUGCGUGGGCUUUGACAUCGACAGUGACGCGCUGGAUAUUUUUAGAAGAAACGCGGAGGAAUUUGAGAUUCCUAGUUUAGACCUGAUCCAGUGCGACUUGUGUUGCCUCAAUGCAGAGGUUUAUGCCAAUAGGUUUGACACUGUAAUAAUGAAUCCACCAUUUGGGACAAAACACAACCAAGGUAUGGACAUGAAGUUUCUCAGAGCUGCUUUGACAAUGGCAGAAACGGCCGUGUAUUCGCUUCACAAGACUUCAACGCGGGAGCACAUACAAAAAAAGGCUAAAGAUUGGGGAGUAAAAAUGGAAGUCAUUGCAGAGCUACGAUAUGAUUUGCCAGCAUCUUACAAGUUUCACAAAAAGAAAUCGGUCGAUAUUCAGGUGGACUUCCUACGUUUCUCCAAGGCCUGAAGCUUUCACUGGAAUGGAUUUAACUUGUCUAUUUGUAAUAAAUGUUUUGAAUAAAAAAAACAAAACUGC